AUGUGUGAUGUCAAGAGCUCCUGUGACAAGGAUGUCAUCCUGAAUAUUCUCAGUGUCCUCACUGACUUGCUUUCUCUGGGGACCGGCCGGAGAAUUCACUAUGUGAUCAGCAAAGGGGGCAGUGAGGCGCUGCUGCAGGCUCUCGCCGCUGCUGCCCGGACCGAGCCACCCGACCACAGCAUCCUCCUGCCCCUGCUUCGCCUGCUGGCCAGGGUCGGCCAACGAGAUAGGAAGUUUGGGCUGAAAGCGCAGAAGGCAGAAGCAACUGAUAUAAUACUGAGCUUGGCAAGAAGAAACCUGGGCCACCACCUGUACCUCACCCACUGCCUCUGGGUCCUGCGAGUUUGUGCUUCUAAUGUUACCACAGGAACUACACUUGGCAUCAAUGGAGCCAUGGAGCUGCUUUUCAAAGUCAUGACCCCCUACAGCAAAAGACACAUCAGGACAGUCAGGGCAGCCAUUGAGGCUCUGGCAGCUUUGCUGAAAUCAAAGUCUAACAGCCGACGGGCAGUGAACAGAGGCUACCUGGGUGGAUUGCUGAGACUCUAUCAAGACUGGCAUCACAACGAUGUCUCCAACAACUACAUUUAUAUUCGUAGGGGUCUCCUGCUCUGCCUAAAGCACAUCACCAACAUCCAGCUGGGCAGGAAGACUUUCCUUGGUUCCCAGGGUAUGGAGAUUCUCUUCACAAGUGUACAGGAUUGUUUAUCUUGCAAAAAUCUGGAUCCUAUCACAACCACUGUGACUCACAUUCUGAGAAAGUGCUUCCCCAAGGAACAUCUGCCUGUGGCAACAGUAAGAAGUUCCUAUUUCUUCCCUCUUCCUGGGAAUGCCAAGGCUGAACCUCCAUGUGAGGGAUCUGAAGGUGACUAUGAAAGUGAUGGAGAGGAAGAAGUCGAAAAAGACCUGGAUAAUGAGGAUGUGGAGAAUAAGGAGGAAGAUUAUGACUUGGAGACAGAUGUGAACAAAUUGAGGUCAAGGCCAGUGCUUGACCGGCCAGAGGAAGAGCUUGGACAAUAUGAAGCAAUGUGUCCAGAACUUUCCCAUAAUUUUCAGGAGCUUGAAUCAGAGUCUGAGGAAGAGAAAAGCUUGGAGGACAAGACUGAGAGUCUUCCCUCUACUCCCUCUCAUUUCAUUCCAAGUGCUGCUUCUGUGAAACAUCCAAACUACAGAUGGAGAAACCAAAGUGUCACAGAGACGGGACCAGAUCCAAGGGAAAAGGAUUUCAAAGUCCCACUGCAGAGCUGGACAAAGAAGGAGAAAUGCAGAUGGGAUCAGACUGAUGAAAAGAGAAACACUGCAGAAGCAGCCCAAGAUGCAGACUCCUGUGAAGUGGAAGAUCCAGCCAGGAGUCAUGUGCUUGCUUUGUAUCCUCUCUCAAAAGAUGCUGUUUGGUACAAAAAAAUGUUUUACCCUGAAUGCGAGUCCUCGAUCAAUCCUAGUCCUGGAGGGAGGCUGGAGAGCUCAGACAUAGUGACAAAUCUUCUGGAGAAACACCAAGGGGAUAUCCCAUUCCACAGCCCUCGCUUCUACAUAGCUAGGGCCAAAUGUGUUAAGUCCAUACCGGACUACAAGGACUUGGCAUUCCCCGAUUUCUGGGGUCACCAGCCACCUCCUUACAGCAAGCCCAUGUUGGAGCGCAAGUACGGGGUUCAAAGGGACAAAGUACUAGAUGAUGUUCGCCGCUUAAUCCAGCCGGGUGAUGUGAUAGGCAGAACUGUUUUUGAUUUAGACGAGCCCAGUCACUCAAGCCCAGGUGCUCCAGGCUGUCUGACAUUCUUCUCCAAGUUUGAAUCGGGAAACCUUCGCAAAGCCAUCCAAGUGCGUGAGUUUGAGUAUGACUUAAUUAUGAAUGCAGAUGUGAACAGCAACCAGCAUCACCAGUGGUUCUACUUUGAAGUCCGCGACAUGAAACCAGCAGUUCCCUAUCGCUUCAACAUUAUCAAUUGUGAGAAGUUCAAUAGCCAAUUUAAUUAUGGCAUGCAGCUGGUCAUGUAUUCAGUGAAGGAAGCUCUCCAGGGCAGGCCUCGCUGGCUGCGGGCAGGCCAUGAUAUCUGCUACUACAAAAACCACUACCACUGCAGUGCAGCUGCAGGAGGAGGCAUGAGAGGAGAAUUCUACUACACACUCACCUUCAGCAUCAAGUUCCCUCACAAAGAUGAUGUCUGCUACCUGGCCUACCAUUACCCCUAUACCUACUCUACAAUGAUGUCCCAUCUUGAUAUCCUGGAACAAAAUAGGAACCCCAAGAAGGUUUACUGGAGGCAGCAGACACUCUGCCAGACGCUAGGAGGAAAUCUAUGCCCACUGCUCACAAUCACUGCCAUGCCAGAAUCUAGAGACGACUUGGAGCAAUUCUACAGUCGUCCUUAUGUGUUUCUAAUGGCCCGUGUUCACCCUGGUGAAAGCAAUGCCAGUUGGGUAAUGAAGGGGACCCUGGAGUUCCUUGUGAGCAGUGAUCCCAUUGCUGAUCUCCUGCGGAAAUGUUUCAUUUUCAAGAUUGUCCCCAUGCUUAAUCCUGACGGAGUCAUCAAUGGCAACCACCGUUGUUCGUUGAGUGGGGACGAUCUGAACAGACAGUGGUUGACCCCCAGUUCCCAGCUCCAUCCAACUAUUUACCAUGCCAAAGGUCUUCUCUAUUACCUGCGCAGCAUUGGCCGGGCUCCUCUGGUGUUUUGUGACUACCACGGACACUCCCAGAAAAAGAAUGUGUUUCUUUAUGGCUGCAGCAUCAAAGAGACCUUGUGGCAAGCAGGCUGCAUGGUUGACACAGCAGUUAUCACAGAAGAUGUUGGCUACAGGACCCUUCCUAAAAUCCUGGAUAAGGUGGCCCCUGCAUUUGUCAUGAACAGCUGCAGCUUCCUGGUGGAGAAGUCCCGGGAGUCAACGGCCCGGGUGGUGGUAUGGAAGGAAAUGGGUGUGUUGAGGAGCUACACCAUGGAGAGCACAUACUGCGGCUGCAGCCAUGGACUCUACAAAGGCCUGCAGCUGGGAACUCAAGAGCUGGAGGAGAUGGGAAGCAAGUUUUGCCUUGGUUUGCUCAUUCUGCACCUCAAAUCCCUGCCCUGCAGCAAGAAGGUGAUGGCUCAGGCAGCACUCCUGCUAGAUCUGGAGGAGGAGAUAACAGACCGGGCACCAAGAAGCUGCAGCAACAGCAGCCUGGAGACUGAUGAUGAACCUCCUUGUGUGGAAGAAAUCGAUUAUAAUACUGACAGUUGCUCUGAUGGCGAAGAUGACUUCUCGGAGCUAGACCAAGAGAUCCAGGAGUGCCUCUCGUGGGUGGAAGGAGAGACAGAAGAUGAGGGAGCGACCACAGGACAGACAUGCAGCUCUAAGGCUCUCAGGGGGCUCUACAUUUCCAGCCAACCAGCAUCCAACAGUACGGCUCUCCCUCUGCGUUCAACAGCGCUUGGGGCAUACAGUGGGUUUGAGAGCAGCCCCGUGUGAACAAGGCUUUGACUUGCAGAACAGCAAGCAAAUGGGUUACUGCUCAUAUUUGCCUGUUAGCCAGCUUCAGCAUCCUUCCCAGAUGUGUUGAUCCAGUUCUGAAUAGAAAAUUGACCAUAUAUUUGUGUAAUUUGUAUACGUACGUAUAUUGAGAAUGACUCCUUAUGCUUUGUACACAAGGCAGAGCAAGGGGCCACUGGCCCAGAUGGUACUAUGUGAGAACAUCAUCCUUUCCUAAACGUAAUCCCCAGUUUCUGCCCCUAGUAUGCCUCUAGUAUGUGGUUUCAUACAGAUCGACCUCAGGAAUUAUACUCUGAGACCAAGGAACCAGAGAUGAUUCUCCUUUUCCUAGUUUAGGCUCUUAUUAUGGGAAGCAGCUUUUGCCUGAAAGAGUGACAGUUACUGAUGCCCUUGGCCAGAGCUCUCCGUUGCCAUUCAUUUCUCUUGAGCUGUAGAGCACGUAUCUGAUUUCUGUCUGAUCAGGAUUUUUACAGUGUGUUCACCAGGUUGGGUCAGGCUGUGCGUGCUUCUGAGCUGGUCAUAUCUCAGCAACAGUGUGGGAAAUCCAAUGUGCCAUAGUAAGGAAAGCACCAGUGACAAUACAGAGCGGUCCUCGGGAAACCUGGGCUAAAUUCACCUCUUUGCUGCACUGGAUUGCACUAGUCCUGCGUAAUCUCAGUUGAGUCACUUCAUGCUUGAACUGAUGGGCCCAAGUGUAGAAUUUGUUUCACA